GCCUCUCACUUCCUCUUCCUCCGCUCUCGGGCCGGCUGCGGGAGACCGGCCGUCGCUUCAGCUGCGCCCGGCUCCGGGACGCGGUGGUUCGGCUCUGGCCAUCCGAGUGGCUCCGGGUCCCAGCGCCUCUCCGUCGCCGCACUCCGGGACGAACGCGAACGGGACCCGGAUCGGUGUUCGAGUGUGCAAGGGAGUGUGUCAGAAAAGCGCCGUUGUGAGGCUGGCCGGCGGCGUGGUCGCGAAUCGGCUGCAGGAUUCUUCUGGACAGUGUCUUUACAGGACGGGUGGCGCCCGCCAUUAUCAAUACUCUUCAGAGAUUGUCUGCCUGGCAUCAGUGGUUACAGCACCAGGACUUGUGAUCUGCACCGGCUGCUCGUACGACCAUCCACCACCUGCUCCCGUGGCUUCACACGACCAUGUUCGGAGGCUGAGCAGGUGCUACACCUUGCCCAAGGAUGUGCUACAGGCUAGCGGAGGGAAGGAGUGCCUUUCAUACUGACAUACCUCCACCUUGCCACCCAAUUCAAAAUACUAAAUAGUGCAAGGAAGGAAUGAUGAGGUGGAGCCCAUGGGUUCAUGGACCUUUCAGAAACCUGAUGUGCAAGGGAAGAAGCUGUUGCUGGGUCUUCAAACUCCUGUACCUCCUCCCUGAUGGUAGUAUUAAGAAGAGGGCAUGUCACAGAUGGUGAGUGUCCUUAGUGUAGAUGCUGCUUUCUUGAGGCCCUGCCUGUUGAAGAUGUCCUCAAUGGCGGGGACAGCCUCUUGUGAUCCUGUGCAUCAUGUGCUCUCUACGCUGCAUCUGUAGCAGUUUGCUGGAGCCUUUGGUGACUUAACAAACCUGCAAAAUCUCCUGCUGUCUUCUCACUGCUGCCGUCUGGAGGGAGGUACAACAGCCUCAGGACCCGCACUACCAGCUGCAGGAACUGUUAUUGUUGCAUUUUGUAACCCAAAACAUUAAACUAAUUAUAAGUAAAAGGUGGAGAGUCCAGAAUGUGAGUCUAACUUUGCGUUUACUUAUAGUGAGGCGCACACGUAUCACAUGCUGGCGUGAUGGCUUGCUGUCAUUUACGCACUUUUACAUAUAACUUGUAAUGAAUUAUUUCAACAAAUUAAAUCAAACAAUAUAUUUACAAUACUACUCAAAUAUUGCUGAUAUGUUAAAUACACAAAACUCCUCCUUGCUUGGCUACAAACUCCAACUAAAUAGAGAAUGCAUCUCAACUAUAUACACAGUAUACUAUAUAAUCCAACUACUCUAUACACAUCCACAGCAUAGUAAAUUUUAAAUGAUCUCAUUCAGGCCUGAAGAUUUAAUCGCUGUGGAGGAUUUCUUACUCUUGUGGGAUAACGUCUUUCCUGAAAGGGAGUUCAGUCUGCUUGGCAGGAAGGCGGGACGGAUCUUACUGGGAAUCGUCACCAUGAUCCAUCUCAACGCCUAAAAUCAACGGCCAAACUCUCAAUGAAACUUGGUCUCGGUGCAGAAAAGUAGGACACGAAACAUCUCGACCUGAGGAGACAAGACAAAGAUGGGGAAACACAACAGCAAACUGCGUCCAGAGGUGCUGCAGGACUUGCGGGAGAACACAGAGUUCACGGAGAACGAGAUCCAGGAAUGGUACAAGGGGUUUGUGAAGGAUUGCCCCAGUGGCUACCUGACCAUAGACGAGUUCAAGAAACUUUACGGCAACUUCUUCCCUUAUGGCGAUGCCUCGCGGUUUGCAGAGCAUGUCUUCCGUACCUUCGAUGCCAAUGGGGACGGCACGAUAGACUUCCGUGAGUUCAUCAUUGCGCUGAGUGUCACUUCCCGAGGAGGUUUGGAGCAGAAGCUGAAGUGGGCCUUUAACAUGUACGACGUCGAUGGGAAUGGCUACAUCAGCAAGGCAGAAAUGCUGGAAAUUGUUCAGGCAAUCUACAAGAUGGUGUCUUCGGUGAUGAAGUUGUCAGAUGAUGAAGCUACACCAGAGAAAAGAACAGAGAAGAUCUUCCGACAGAUGGAUACCAAUGCAGAUGGAAGGCUGUCUCUAGAAGAGUUCAUUAAUGGUGCGAAGAAAGAUCCAUCUAUCGUCCGCCUCUUGCAGUGUGACCCCAGCACGGCAGGCCAGUUCUGAAGGAUUGUCCAGGGGGAGAAUGCUGCUCCUCUGCACCAUUUCUCUCUGAGCCGGCCCACAGUGGGCUGGUGUCUGAGACAAAGACCAGUCAAACCAAAGCCUGGUCAAAAUUGAGCAACCUUCAACCUUCCAAUGAAGAUAACUGCAUGCAACAGAUCUGCAUCUUAUAGUAUACGAUGAUACACGAGUCAAUGUGCCAAGAUAAGGGGACCCUGUUAUCCAGCUGAGCAAAACUGUCUCAUCUUUACUUGUGCCCCAUUCCGUUGUGGAUAUAGCUUUUAGUAGAUAAUAGUUUUUUUUAUUUUAAUUUAAUAGCUCAGAGUUUCAGUUUAUACUUGACAUAAGGAAGAGUGAAGAGCAAAAAUUGAUGGAUUAAUAUUUACAUUCAUGUGCCUGGCCCAGACAAGAUUUUACACAUUUCUGUUGCUUCUGGAUAUGAGUAUCAACCGUCCUCUUCCACUUGCCCUCUCCAAGUUCAGCAAACCCAUUAACUGUCAACCUCAGUGAUCCAAUGAAAAAAGUUUUCAAGGUAUUUGGAGAGCUGUUAAAUUGAUUAUACUCUUAUUACUGCCCAUCGUGCCGCUGGCGUUUAGGACAGCAAUGAAGGCCCUUUAUCUCUGUCCGUCCGUACUGUCACACACAGAUGUAGAAGGAUUCUUCAUUGCUGUUUCCAUAACAACUUUUUUUUAACCAGUCAGGGUUGUUGGCCCCGAGUUGAACCCCUGAACCUGGAGGACCAGUGGAUCACUCCUAGUCUGGCCUCUACCCUUUGACCUGUUUGGCCUGGGUGACCCUACCAAGAACCAAAGCAUAAAGCCCUGACUCCAGUCAACAUAGCUCUCCAGGUCAUUGAGACACAAGCCUCCAAACCCCGUGACAAAGCUGUGGUCCUCUUGAAGGUAUUAUAUCAAUAGUGAGGAAUUAUUUCCCCAGGACUAGGGGGCAAAAGUAAAGACAGGCCUUAUAACAAUGAAGAAACUCUUCUAUGCAAAGUGUGAGGGGAAAAUUGCAACUCUUCUACAAACAGUAGUAAGUGCCACAUGAAAUUGUUAGUUCUAAAUUUUAGGUAAAUUAACUGGAUGUAUUAAAGGAUGUAGAAAAAGGCAGAUUUGAUUAUAUUAGAUUUAUUUAUCACACAUACAUCAAAACGUACAGCGAAAUGUGUCAUUUGGAUUAACAAUUUAAGGAUGGGCUGGGGACAGCCAACGAGAGUUGCCACACAUUUCAGAGCCAACAUAAAGUGUCCAACAUAUUCAGCAGAACAACACACAGCCAACAUACAACAAAACAAUAGCCAACAACACAUACAAAAUGCUGGUGGAACACAGCAUUUCCAGCAUCUGCAGAUUUCCUAGUGUUUGCUCGCUAAUACAAUAGCCAAUCACAUUUACUCACACGCGCAUGCACAGAGUCACAGAUUAGUCCUGGUCACAUCAGGUUAUAGAACAACAUAGAAGGGUCUCCUGUCUCGCUUCCUCCUCCCCAAUCAAUCCAUGUGAUUACAGAAGAUGUUUGGAAAACCAAGAGAAACAUAAUGCAGCCUGCAUUAUAUCCCUUCCUUGUCCUCCUACUACGUGUAGGAACAUAGAUAAUUGAACAUUACAGCACAGUCCAGGCCCUUCGGCCCACAAGGUUGUGCUGAGCUUUUACCCUACUCCAGGGUGCCGCACUCAAGUUGCAGUGAAUGUAACACUAUUGCAGCUCGGGGCAAUGGAGUUCACAGUUCAGUCCAGCAUUCUGUGUAAGGAGACCCUCCUGGAACAUGUGGGUUUUCACCGGAUGCUCCCAUGUCCUCCCGCAGUCCAAAGAACUACUAGGUCGGCUAAUUGGUCAUUGUAAAUUGUGCCGUGAUUAGGUUAGGGUUAAAUCAGGGUUGUCAGGAGUUGCUCGAACAGCCAGAAGGGCCUAUUCCACACUGUAUUUCAAACAAAUAAAUAAAUUCUUCCCUCCCACAAAUCCUCCAUUGUGCCUAUCUAAGGAUUUGUUAAAUAGCCCUUUCAAUAUUCGAUGGGUUUCAAUGAGAUUUCCCCCCCCCCCACCCUACUCAUUCUUCUAAAGUCCAGCGAAUACAGGCCCAGAGUCAUCAAAUAGGCCUGAAAUGAUGGCUGUUUUCAUCCUCAAACCCUCCAGAUUGUUCACUCAUAAGAACAGAAGAGGUAAAAUCUUCCCCAAAAUCCCCAAUCUUCCCCAAUUCACAUUAAGUACAGUGUCAUCCCAUGACUUCGUACCUAUAGCUGUCUCAGACCCAUUGCCCUGUCAAUUUAAAGAAAAUUGGAUAGGUAUAUGGACAGGAAAGGAAUGGAGGGUUAUGGGCUGAGUGCAGGUCAGUGGGACUAGGUGAGAGUAAGCGUUCAGCACGGACUAGAAGGGCUAAGAUGGCCUGUUUCCGUGCUGUAAUUGUUAUAUGGUUAUGUGGUUAAUGAAGUGCCAUUGCUGGAAAUCUAAAACAAACAUACUCAAAGUUCAAAGUAAAUUUAUUACCAAACUACGUGUAUGUCACUAUAUACAACCCUGAGAUUCACUGACUUGCAGAUAUUCACUGUAAAUACAAGAAACACAAUCGAAUCAAUGACAGAAUAGACAGACGACCAGUGUGCAAAGUACAACAAACUGUGCAAAUACAAAAAGAAACAGAAAUAAAUAAUAAUAAAUAAUCAAUAAAUAUUGAGAACAUGGGAUGAAAAGUCCCUGAAAGUGAGUCCAUAGGUUAGAGGAACAGUUCAGUGAUGGUGUGAGUGAAGUUAUCCCCACUGGUUCAGGAACCUGAUGGUUGAGGGGUGACAACUGUUCCUGAACCUGGUGGUGUGGCUCCUGAGGCUCCUGUAUCCUCUUCCUGAUGGCAGCAGUGAGAAGGGAGCAUGGGCUGAGUGGUGGGGAGUCCCUGACAAUGAAUGUUGCUUUCCUAAGACAACGCUCCUUGUAGAUGUGCUCAAUGAUGGGGAGGGCUUUACCCAUGAUGGACUGGGCCAUAUCCACUACAUUUUGCAGUCUCUUUCGUUCAAGGGUAUUGGUGUUUCCAUACCAGGCCAGGGUACAAUCAGUCAAUAUACUCUCCACUGCACAUCUAUAGAAGUUUGUCAGAGUUUUAGAUGACAUGAAGAAUCUUCGCAGACUUCUAAGAAAGUAGGCAGAGUUAACAUUUCAACUCAGGGAUGAAGGGUCUCGGCCUGAAACAUUGACUGUUUUUUCCUCUCCAUAGAUGCUGCCUGAUCUGCUGAGUUCCUCCAGCAUGUUUGUGUGUGUGUGUGUGUGUUGCUCUGGAUUUCAAGCAUCUGCAGUAUUUCUUGUUUUACUCUUUGUCAAAGCUGGUUGUUAUUGGUUGUCCGAAAUAUGAAAUGAAGCAAAAUGGUUAUAAAAUUGGAUAAUCCCUGGCUCUCUGUCAAGAAGUCUGGUGUUUUAGCACCUAGUAAAUAAAUAGUAGACGUUUCGGGCCAAGAUCAGAUUUAUUUUCCUCCAUAGACUUCUUGAUUUCCUCAUUGUGUGUGUUACUCUGAACCUCUGGCAUCCCUUGUGUCAUUGUUUACGCUGCCAGACACCGCCUAGCCAAAACCUAAGGCACAUGGCCACAGAGUACCAUGAUGUACUCAUCUCGACAGUCCAACACUGAUAGCAAGUCUAAGGCUGCUUUGGAAGGGGGUCCCAACUAGAACUGAUCCAGUGUGUCUGAACUUACUCUGCCCAACUCUUUCCUUUGAGAAAAAGGUGCUUCUGCGAUGAUUCUAUUGAAGAAUUCUUUGUCUUUCUGAUUUAUUGUGGAUAAAAUCUCAGGUUUAUUUAUGAAGGGAAAAGUACUAAUCAGCUUGAGCAGCACUUAGUAACUUGUAAACAAUUCUUUUCAGUACCUACGUGAGCUUUGUGCUGCUUUCUCCAUCCUCAGGCUGGUUAUAAGCUAUACCAAGUAACUGAUGGGGUUCAGUGUUCUCUCAAGUCCAAAAGGGAACAUUAAUGUUUACAUUUGCCUUCAUCUAACUAAAAAUUAAAGCAGUACAA